AUGUUAUGUACGGUGAAAAAAUGGCAACACAGUGAUAAAGGACUAGUGUCAACUGUCAACAAAAAACUGACAGUAGUUGUCAAAAUGGCACGUCAGCAGCAAGAUGUUGAUGAACUGUUCGAUGUUAAAAAUGCAUUCUAUGUUGGAAAUUACCAACAAGCAAUCAAUGAAGCUCAGGGAGUAUCUCCAUCUACACCAUUAAUAGCACUGCAGCGAGAUGCUUUUCUAUACCGUUCGUACAUCGCCCAAGGCAACUACAGGAUUGUGUUGCAAGAACUUAAAACUGCUGAUCCUAUGCUCCAGCCACUCAAGAUUCUGGUGGACUAUCUGUCUCCGGAUGCUAACAAACCGGCCAUUGUAGCAGAUGUUGAUGCCAGAGUUGCUAAAGGUACAGAGUUGGUGAAUGAAAUAUUCCUGAUUGUGGCAGCGACAAUCUACUAUCAUGAGGAAAACUAUGAAGCAGCCCUCAAAAUCCUCCACGAUACGGAAUCGCUAGAACUCCGCGCCUUCACUCUUCAAUGUCUACUUGCUAUGAACAGACCAGACUUGGCGCGGAAGCAGCUCAAAGCUCUGCAAGAUAUUGAGGAUGACAGCACGCUGACACAGCUGGCACAAGCCUGGUUGAAUUUAUCUCAGGGCGGGCCAGGAGUCCAAGACGCUCACUACAGUAUUAUGGAGUUGUCAGAGCGGCUGGGCGCGUUGGGGGCAGGUCCCGCGGCCGUGGGCGCUGCUGCUGCAGCUUCCAGAGGCAUGUGGGAGGAGGCGGAGCAGAUGCUGAGCGAGGCGCAGGCGCGCGCCCCGCAGCAGCCCGACCUGCUGCUGGGGCUCGCCGUCACCGCCGCGCACAGCGGCAAGCCGCCUGAGGUCUUCAACCGCUACAUAGCACAACUCCUCGACAGUCACCCCGAACAUCCCUUCACGAAGGACUACCAAACAAAGACCAACGAGUUCAAGCGCCUCGCCGCUCAGUACCAGCCCUCCGUGUCGAGUUAA